AUGGUUGUCAUUUACAUAACCCUACUUUAAAAUGAGUAAAAUAAUUUUUGUUACAUUUUUAACAAUUUUUACCUCAAUUCCUCUAUUUUUACGGUACCUGUGCAUGAAAAAGUACGAAAGACUGAAAGCUAAACUUAGAGAACAAGAGGAUGAGAGCUAUUACGAGUGUAUAUUCUUUGGGCCGACGAAUUUCUCGUGUAGGCCACACUUGAUUGGGAAACAAGACUGUGGGGAUUACUGCUCCUAUACCUACUUGCAAAGACUGAUUCAUUACUUAAAUAGCGCAAAAAGUAGCAUUAGUAUGUGCAUGUAUACGUUAACAUUAAAUCAAAUUGCAGCGAUACUUGUAACAGCAAGCCAAAGAGGUGUACGUGUUCGUCUUAUAACAGAUAAAACAAUGAGUAAAAGUACGGUCUCGAAGGACAUUUUUGGUGGUCUUAAGAAGAAUGGUAACUGUGUUGAAAUAAAAAUGCCCAAAUCUUCAGAACAGUUGAUGCACCACAAAUACUGCCUAAUUGAUGAAAAAGACAAACUGAGUGCAAAAAUGUUCUUUGGUAGUGCCAAUGCAACAACACAGGCAUUUUGUAAGAAUUUUGAGUCGAUGAUUUUAACAAAUAAUUGGGAUAUGAUAGAGAAAUUGAGUGAAGAAUAUGAAGAACUAUGGAAUAUGUUUGAUAACUAGCUCUAGGAAAAAUAGUUUAUUUUAGUUUAAUGUUAAAAAAAUUUGUGAUAUAUUAUCAUUUUGAAUCUAGUUAAGUAACUUUGGUAGAAUAAAUUGUUUUUGUUUUUAUUUUUUUAUCAUAAUUCUCAGAAAUAUAUUGUUUUUUUGAA